AUGUCCACCCGCAAGAGAAAGCAAGAGGAGGAGGAGGAGCUUGUUUCCCUUCCCGACGACGACGGCGAAGAGGAAGAGGAGUACGAGUCUGAGGAAGACGCAGAGGAGGGUGAUGACGAUGUGGAAGAGGAGGAGGAGGAAGAAGAAGAGGAGGAGGGCGACGCCGAGGAAGAUGCUGAAGCAAACGGCGUAAAUGACAAAGCUCCUCCAUCGAAGAAGCGGAAGACCGAGACAGAGGCCACGGAUGACGCGGCCGACGCCGAGGAGGCUGCCGAAGAGGAAGAGGAAGCCGAAGAGGCCGCCGGCGAAGAGGAGGAGGCCGAGGCCGAUGAGGAGGAGACUGCCAACGGCGUCGAGGAUGCCCCCGCCAAGGGCGAUGUCAAGGCCGUCGACGCACCCGCCGCCACCAACGGCGACGCCCCCAAGGCCGUUGCUGCUGGCGGCGAUGCCGAGUGA